AUGCCACACAACAGGAGAUUGGGCCACACUUUGUUUCCCAUUAUUUAUGCAUUGAUUAUGACAGCAGCUGCUGUCAGAUUGAUGCCUGCAUGCCUGGCCAGUGAAAGUGCAAAUAGUGGGUAUGGUGUGUCAGGAUUGGCGAAGGAGAGUUCUGUUGACAAGGAACAAGAGUGGGCCUUAAACAGUGGCAAGGCCUACACUGCUGGACAGAUGCCACAGGCCACCUUGGAUUUCAGCCUGCCAGUGGAUGGCCAUAAAGAUUGGCAGAACAUCGCAAGAGGUCGACAUCCUUAUCUCGCAUUUAUUCUGAAUGCUAUGAGGGAGCCUGUUUGUGGAGGCAUUAUCGUGCGAGGAAAUUAUGUCCUAACAGCAUACCACUGCAUAUGGGUUGUUGGAUCGAAUGCUCUUGUGGCCCUGGGUGCAACUGGCACCUAUGAAAAUGGCACUGUGAUGGCUGAAAAGAUAGUGCGGGCUGAGGAAACUCACUACCAUCCUUCACAUCCACUGGAAGGGACAGAUUCAACUGAAGUAGCUGAUCUGAAAUCAGUUGAUAUUGCGCUCCUGAAGGUCAAUGUCGAAGGAGUGCUGACCUCUGAUGAUAUAGCGCCAACUGCAGACCCUGAGUAUAAUGGAGUUUUCAAUAGUGCGUUAGUCUUUGCCUUCCGUCUGGAACCAAGGAAUGAUGCAAAAAGGAGGUCCAUCCAGGUUGCUUCGUUCUUUGUUGGCGAUAAAGACCCCUGCCACACAAUGUCAGAGCCUGGACCUCAUACAAUGUGUCUCACCUCAUCUUUUGCCAGCAUGCCAAGAGGCAGCUCAGGCUUUCCAGUACUGUACAUGGAUUUGGGGGCCAGUCCUGACAAGGCUCUUUCAGAGCCUCUUCAGUUUGGUACACCCAACACUGAUUUGAUCCUUGGUGUGGUAUCAUUCGAUAUCGACAAGGCAGAGAACAGGAAAAGGGGUUUGCAUGCUGUAGUGGCAACAAAAAUGAUGGAGGUUGUCUGUUGGAUGAAUAGAAUUACAUUACCUGGCAACAUGCCCCACAGGAGUUGUCAAGUCGAAGAACAGGUGCCACAGCAGCAAUGUAAUAGCACUCUGACUGAAUACCAGCGCAGAGAAGAGAUCCUCAAUGUGGCCUUUGCCGUUGCAUGCACAGCAACAUGCGAGAUGAUAGUAAUUGUGGGUUCCAUGUUCUGGAAGACGAUGGCUGCCGCCCAAAGGGAGCGCUUGUCGACAAGGGCAGCAAGCCAUGCCCGCCAUGAUCACUCUGCAUGA